AUGGAUCCAGCAGAAUACCCUUGGAGUAACCAAAACGAUCUGGUUUCCAGCUUAGAUCUGUUAGAGGAGGAAGUUCUUCGUGACCCAAGCAAACAUGGGCCGCAGUGGAAUCGAGAUACGCACCUCCUCGUGGAAGGAGAAUCCGCAGCUACAGUCCCAAGAGAAGUGACGAGGAUAUCUCCACGAAAGCCUCAAGUGGUGUUAAAGACUUCAACUCGACGCAGACUGGGUAAGAGCCGUCGCAGAGACCGGAGCACGAAUAAUGCAGAGGAACAAGAAGCACCGAGAAGACAGUUGCAGCUUGAGAAUGAGCGACUUCAACAUGAGGUGGCACAUUGGCAGCGUGAGGUGGCACAUGCCCGAGACGAAAAACACGAACUAGAAGUCUCAUUUCGACGGCUAGAUCAAGAGAUUGGUAAUGGAUACCACCUUGCGGAGCGCAAGGAGAAGGAGCUUCGUAUCGCGGAACUUGUGACGAAGAAUCAGAAGAUGUCGCUGCUACUGGAAAAGGAGCUUCAAGGUCAGGAAGAACUUCGUCGAGUGCAUAGAGAACUACAAGGCGAGCACCGAAAGAUGACGGAGCAAGUGACACUGCUCAACCAGGUUCUUGACAGUGUCGAAACUAAACAUACACAGCUGUCCAGCUCCCAUGACACACUCACCGCAAGCUACGAGGCAGCUCAAAACACAAUCGAGACGCUGCAACGUGAGAUUCACGUCCUGCAAGACAAAGUAGCCACCUCCGACGCCCACAUACAGGUUAUUACUGAGUAUGAAAGCAAGAUUCAACAGUGGGAGCGCACUUGUCGUGAGCUGGAGCGAAAGUGCGAGCAUAACACUCAAAAACUUAAACAGACUCAGAGAAUUGCGAGUACAACUCAGCAAGAAGCCCAACGAGCUCUCGAUCGCCAAGAAGAGUUGGAGCAGGAGCUGCGCAACGCACACGACCAAGUGAUUCAAGCCAACGCUGCCGUGAGGACGAUGGAAGCCAAGCUGGAGGCGAAUCUGAAAGCCGGCGGCAGUCAGGAAUUGCUUCGCCAGCGGAUCCGCCAAUUGGAGGGGGAGCUGCAGCAAAAGUACCGAGCCAACUCAGAGCUCAUGCAGACUUGUAACCAGCUACUUAGUUCACAAAAGCGACCUGGUUCUGGCAAGACACCUCGUACAACCAGAAACAGCCACGCAAUCGGAUCCCAAGUGGCCAGAUUGACCACGAGAAUCACCUCACUGACAGAUAAACUGUCUUCUGCGGAAGAAGCUUGCUUAGACAUCCUCAUGCAGGCAUUCCCCUUCUUGUUGCGCAAAUUGGACGCGAUGCAGGACCAGCUGGCUGCUGCAGUUGAAUCCAAUGACAUUAUUCAGCGUGCUUUAGAAGAAGUGCACGGUCAAUCCAAUGCUGGCUUCGCUAACAAUGACACCCGAUUGAGCGGCUCUAUGUAUCUCCACUUAGCACGGGACAAAUACGUGCUCGAAGCCCCGUAUCCACUUGAAUUGCUCACUUAUCAAACUGGAGCUCAAGUGUUAAGAGGAAAUUUAGAGUCGACAACCAGGGCAAAGACAAAGACGUUUUUGCCAUUCAGAGUCAAGUUGAGCGCCUUACAAUUGAAGGACAGUCAGCGCGAAGAAGAGAGUGAGAAUCGGAUGGAUCAACUUGUCACGCUUUCUGCCGACUCGAGCGACACCAGUGGCGCUGCGUAUCUAAAUCGAAGUAAGAUCAAUGCGUUCUUAGAAGUGAUCCAAUGCAGCGCUGCGAGGAAGAAGUUCAAGACUCUCGUCAUUGGGAAACUAGCUGAGACUCUGAAUAAAUUACGCAAACUCGCGCAUCGCUCUGCUUCGGAGGCGGCAACACAGCAAGCGUCGAUCCAAAUGCUACAGCGUGAGAUCGUAGAACUUCAGCACCGACUGAGAAACUCUCGAAGUGAUGGCAACAUCAACGGUCAGUGUGACGGAGUUGCUGCUAGGAAGGAGGCGUUUAAGACAAGCCAAUUCCUCCUGAAAAUGGUAGAUGUGUACGCCGAGAAGCAGCUGGAAAGUGAUCAGCGUCAAAUGACUUUCGUAACUCAGCCGAUGUUCAGCGAUAUGCUCAUAACCAAGACACAAAACGAAAGCUAUAGCUCAUCUGGUGAUCGCCUUUUGCUUUCAGAGAGCGACCUGAGCGAUGAAGACGUGGGUCAGUUGUUGCUAAAGAUUUUGGUGAGUGGAGUGAGGUUCCGCGAGAUCAACCUUGAUUCAAAUAAUAUCUCGGAUGCUGGAGCUCAACACGUGGCCGAAUUCGUGGAGAAAUCCCCUACAAGUGUUCGAGUUAUGAGGCUUAUUGGUAACAAACGUAUAACACGUCGUGGAAUUGAUUUAAUCAAGGGAGGUUUGAUACGGAAUCACCGUGUGCAGCGUGUGAGCGAGAACGAGCGUGCAUCAGAUGAUUGUAUUAUUUUGCGCGGUCUUGCAAUUGACCAGAGCUUUGAUGAAAGCGGCAAUGCCACGGAAGUUCUCCGAGUUAUCUUACCAAUAACUUCGGAAAAUGAAGAACAUGGGGCUGCGACGAUGGAAACGACGCCGGAAGCGGUCGAUGCCAUGACGGAAAAGCUUCGCCAGCUCGGUUUCAGCUUCGCCAACACUUGGCGGCGAGGAUUCGGUCGCCUAUGA